GGAGACGCGUCCGCCUACUCACUGCGAUGAGCACCCCAGUGGAUCCACGCUACCUGCAGCUUCCCCCGAGUCAGAGGGCCCAGGCCGCGUUCAGAGCUCUUUUAUUAUUUAGAGCAAAGAAAACAAAAACUCAAGGAGCAUAUGUUAAAAAGAAAAACUUUUUUUGCAUACAAACAGGAAAAUCAGAUAUUCUCCAGGUGAGUAGUAGAAACAAGGGAGUGAUGACAUCUGAGGGUCAGGUCCAGGAAGAGACAAAAGUUCUGAAACUUAAGACAAAAAUGGCUGAUAAAGAAAAUGUUCAUAGAAUUACAAGGAGCGAAAAUAACAUAACAAUGGGAAAAAAUUGUAUUCCAUUAAAACCAUCUAAUGAAUUAACCAAUUCAACUAUAGCAACUGAUACACAUAAUCUGGAAGAGAAUAAUCAAACUCUGCAGCUGUUACCAAUUAAAGAUGACCCCCAAGGUCAUCGUAUGACAUUAAGCCAAGCAUUUCACAUUAAAAACAAUAAUAAAAAGAAACAAGUGACUACAGAAAAAUCAAAGCAAGAUGCUAACAUGCUCAAGAAACCUGUGCUUGGAUCUUAUCGUGGCCAAAUUGUGCAAUCUAAGGUUAAUUCAUUUAGAAAACCUAUACAAGUCAAAGAUGAGAGUUCUUCAACAACAAAGAAACUUUCAACUACUAUCUCUAAAGCCACAAAACCUCAGCCUAUAAACAUUAGCAGUAUAACAGUGGAAUGUCACAGAACCUCAAAUGUGAACACCACUAAAUUUGUGAGGACUACAUCUCAAAACAAACAACUUUUACGUCCUCCUAUUAGAAGUCAUCACAAUAAUACUCAUAAUACCCAGGACUCCCUGAAACAAGGCAUCAAUAGAACCUCUGCCAAUGUUACAAUUCGGAAAGGAUCUCAUGAGAAAGAAUUACUGCAAUUAAAGACAGUUUUAUCUAGUGUCAAAAACAGCUCUUCUCAGGAAGUGAAAAGAAAUAAGACAAUAUCAAGGAGCAUCACAUCUGAAAUGACAGUCAGGCCUGCUUCAUCUUCUAAUACCAAACUGAUAGAAAAGUCAAAAACCAUUGACCAACGCAGACAUACAAUAGCAAAAGCAACUAUUGAUAGUAGAUGGGCUCAGACCAAAGAAACUGCAGAAGAUAGAAAAGUUCGUCUGAGUGAGUGGAGAGCUAGCAAAGGAAGAAUGCUGAAAAGGCCUCCUAGCUCAGUAGUUACCCAACCUGAACCUGAAGAACAAAAUGAAAAACCAGUUGGAUCUUUUUGGACUACCAUGGCAGAAGAAGAUGAACAAAGAUUAUUUACUGAAAAAGUAAACAAGACAUUUACUGAAUGCCUAAACCUGAUUAAUGAGGGGUGCCCAAAAGAAGAAGUAUUGGACACACUGAAUGACCUGGUUAAAAAUAUUCCAGAUGCCAAAAAACUUGUUAAAUAUUGGAUAUGCCUUGCACGUGUUGAACCACUCACAACUUCUAUUGAAAAUAUUAUCUCAAUCUAUGAAAAGGCCAUUCUGGCAGGAGCUCAGCCUAUUGAAGAAAUGCGACAUGCAAUUGUAGAUAUUCUAACAAAGAAGAGUCAAGAAAAAGUUAAAUUUGGAGAAAAUGUUGAGGAGGCUUGUGCAACCGAAAAACAAAUCCAAGAAGUCAAUAUUGAAGAUAUUGGUGUUAGUCCAGAGUCAGGAAAACCUGAAAUGGAAAGUAAACAAAAUAGAAAUGUGAUAUUUCAAGAUUGUGAAAAAGAGCAAGUUCACAAAACAAAAGAUCCAACCAAUGAUGUUAAAACCCCCAACACAGAAACUAAGGAGGGUUGCGUAAUUAAAUACAAUGUGUCUACUACACCAUACUUGCAAAGUGUAAAAAAGAAAAUGCAGUUUGAUGAAAUAAAUUCUACAUUUAAAGAGCUAAAGUUUCUGACACCAGUUAGACGUUCUCGACGACUUCAAGACAAGACUUCUAAAUUGCCGGAUAUGUUAAAAGACCAUUAUCCUUGUGUGUCUUCAUUGGAACAGCUAACAGAGUUGGGGGAUGAGACUGAUGCUUUUAUAUGCCGCCCUAAUGCAGCAUUGUGCCGGAUGUAUUUGGAGCCUGAAACAACAGAAGAUAAAUAAAACUAUGAUAAGAAAUAAGGUUUUUAUUAUUCCUGGGGUGUUUUGUUUGUUUGUUUGUUGUGGCUACAUAUGUUUCUUAGUUCAGGAGUUGGCCAAGUUACCUAAGUAUUCAUGGCAGUGAACUCUUUUACUAACAUUUACAUAAUAGCAUGUGUUGCCUUCUGUGUGUCAGAAAGCUAAAUGCUAUUUUGUCUAUCUCAACAGACU